GGUAUUAUAGUCAAAUCGUUGAAAGUUUAAGUAUCCCCAAAACUAUUCAGAAAAAUAAGCAUUGUCGCCAAACAUCUCUCUCUGUUUGACAAAAACAAACAUCUCUCUCUCUGUGACAAGCACAAAAGAAUGAAACGCCGAUUCGAAGGCGGACCAGGAGAAUCCGCGGAGGGGGGGAAUCCAAUUCCGGCCCAAGCCACAAAGCUCCGAGAUAAGAAUAAAGAAAAAAUUUAUGUUAAAGACUCUCCGACAACUCAUCUCACAAAAGUAGAGGCUGCUCAAGACUCUCAGACUCAACUCCGGCUUGUUGAAACACAUUUAGUUAAUUUGAUUUUUUUUUUUUUUAUUUUUUUUUUGUUAUGGCCCACAUGCAGAUAAGAAUAAAGAAAAAAUUUCUGUUAAAGACUCUCCGACAACUCAUCUCACAAAAGUAGAGGCUGCUCAAGACUCUCAGACUCAACUCCAGCUUGUUGAAACAUAUUUAGUUAAUUUGACUUUUUUUUUUAUUUUAUUAUUAUUUUUUUUUGUUAUGGCCCACAUGCAGAUAAGAAUAAAGAAAAAAUUUCUGUUAAAGACUCUUCGACAACUCAUCUCACAAAAGUAGAGGCUGCUCAAGACUCUCAGACUCAACUCCAGCUUGUUGAAACAUAUUUAGUUAAUUUGAUUUUUUUUUUUUUUUUUUUUUUGUUAUGCCCCACAUGCAGAUAAGAAUAAAGAAAAAAUUUCUGUUAAAGACUCUCCGACAACUCAUCUCACAAAAGUAGAGGCUGCUCAAGACUCUCAGACUCAACUCCAGCUUGAGGAGAAGAAUACUCUUCCAUCUUUUCUUAGAGCAACUCCAGCGUUAGAGCCCUCCUCCCUGACAAUACACUAUUCAAUCCACCUAAUGAACAGUAACUGCCCUUAAUGAACAGAUGAUGUGGGAAUUCAAUCAGGAAGAGGAAGAAUUGUUUAACGAAUCAGAAGCAAUGUUCAAUCACCAGGGGGUAAGAAAUGAGAGGGAAGAGGAUGAGGAGCGUCAAAUGAGAGAUGACGAAGUAAGAAGGGGCAAAGCCUCACAUUUCCGUCGAGUCAUCGAAGCUGCGGCUCAGAUCUGCAGGCCCAGCCGUUCCAGAAACCUUGAUAGAAGCAGGCAACGACGAGGCCGGCCACUCGUGUAGAACUAGUAACUAUUUAUUACUUGUGUAGAACGUAAUUGAGCAUGAAGUAUAAGGUUAGAGGUGCAAUAUCAGCACUUAGGCAUACCAAGCAAUUCCCCAAACUUCUCGCUGAUUUUCAGAUAUCCAAACUUACGGAGACUAGAAUGUGUUAUAUAUGAAUUCUGCGGAUACCCGCGGACACGGCUUGCAUGGAGUAGUGUUAAGGUGUUGAAGGUUUGUGGAAAUCAGCUCGCAGCAGAUUUGACGAGUGGCUUUUUAAAUGACGGAUUUUCCCGGGUCGAAAAUGAGCUCGAAAAGUGAGCACCACAGCAUUGAACGAUAUAAAUCUAAGAAGAGCGGAUCGGGUACCAUAGUUUCGGCAAUGCUUCUAGACCUUGGCUUUACAUUGGGUUCGGAUGCGAGGAUCGUUGAUCUUGAUGACGAUAGAAUUAUACAAGAUCAGCUCAAAAUUCAAACCAUUCACAAAAGCCCACCGAUUCUUGGUUUGUUGUGCGGUGAUUUUGAAGCAGCUGAAAAUUUAGUUGAGCUUUUAAAAUCCAAGGCAAAUAAUGCAUCAAUUGAAGAGCUUGUUCAGUGUGGAAAGUCCUUUCUAGAACAACACCGUAGUAGGCAUGCAUUUACAACAUAUAUGUGCUACGUAAAAGAACGAGUUCCCAACGGCUAUAUUUUUUAUUUUGUACCUUAUUUCAAUCAUGUCAACAAAUGCGAGGAGGAUUAUACUUGCAAAUGUCCAAUGGUUGGAAUUAGACACGGUGCUAGGGAGUUGGAGCAUGGUUCUAUUUAUAAUGACGGAUCUGGUGCAAGUGAUGCACAAGAACAUUUAUCUAUGUCAUUUUUUGAUGGAAAAAUGGUGCAACAUGUUGAUGCCGCCGACGAUUACCAGAUUGCAAAUAUUAAGAAAAAAUUGAAGAUUAGUUUGAUACAAGCGAGAAUGAUCACCCGUUUAGCAAUGAUUCAUUCUUGUUUGAAGGAUAAUAAUUGCGGUGCGCCAUUUAGAGUGUGCAGUGUCAGUGUAGACGGAGCAAUCGAAAAGGAGGGACCAUAUGGGUUUGUAAAAACUUACCUGGAUUAUUUUCAAUUUUUGGAGGCUCACGACCGGACGACAUUAUUUUUAAUCUAUCGUCAAACACUUGAGGGCUCAAACUUUGGUGGAUUUGUAGUUGAAAAUAUUGGUUUACCUGUGAAAAAGAAGGGGCAUCGCGUGGCUUUGCUUGAGGGAGAUUUUUGCCUACAUCGCGUGAUCUUUAAGGAAGCAAAAGAUGUCAAUGCAUUUUUUGAUGAUGGUGAAGCGGUCACUGAAUGUCCACCAUUUAGCACCGACAAGUCUCAUUUGAAAACUUAUAAACUUGAUACGAGAGAGGUGAAGAAAAACAAGGAUAACGAGAUUAUUUUGGGAUUGAAGACAGCUAAGUUCUCAGAGCAAGAAGUGGCAAUGUUCCAAGACUUCGAAACAAUUUAUAUGGGAAAACCAACCAAAGACUUCUUGAAAUCUUUGAAAGAAGAAGUCACGUUGUUCGACGAGGAGUCUCCAUGAUAAUCAUAUCAAUGAUAAAUUAAAGUAGAAUAGGUUUUUAUUUUAAUAAAUAAAAGUAGGAUAGAUUUCUGCAACAGAAUUUGGGACUUCAUCUAUAUUUUCUACCUCUUUAAUUAUCUCUUCACUUGUUGUCUUUUUCUUCUUCAAACCAUCUUCUGCUUUUCCACCGUCCCACCUUUCUCUCCUGGUCGCGUUGAUAUCCAGUAGCUCCAGUUUCAUCUGAGCCGGAUGGCUGAGAUUUACGACGAUUUCAGUUGAAGUUGAAGCAGCUCAGGAGCUCCCGCCAGGCCGCGAUAGGGUUCCUAGUGGAAUCGCCGGCGCCGUCCCGCCGUCAAUAUCGAUGCGAUCUUACAAGCUGCCGAUGUGAUUCAAGCUGAGGACCCCAACGUCUCCAGAAUUCUGUGCGAGCAGGCAUAUAGUAUGGCGCAAAGCUGGAUCAGGAAAGUGAUGGCAGAGGUGUUCUUCAGUUUAACACCGGAUUGAUGUCUGCAAUCAAGCAAAAACUUGCAAAAAUAGAUGGGGGUCAAAUAGAUUGGAAUCCUGAUAUUCAGCACCUCUGGGGAUUUUUACCAGCGAUACAAGCGACAGCAUAGAGUCGAUGAUAUCCCAGAGACAGGAACAAAGAUGGCGUGAAUCUGGAACUUUUGGUGCUUACUUUGGCAAUAAUUUAGAAAUGAAAAAGACAAUUGCUACCUUGAGGCCCUUAGUUGAGUUGAUGGAGGUACUUAGCAAAGAUGCCGAUCCUAAUGGAGUUGGAAGACUUUCUUCGGGGGAGAUUAAACCUCUUGCUGAAUCUGGGACAAAGACGGGGGCCAAAUAGAUCAGAGUCGUGAUGUCAAGAGACAGGAAAAAGAAUGGUGUGGUGCGGCUUAAAAAUCAGAACUUGGGGAAGUAACGAACCGAUAUCUGUGAGUGUUGGGGUGGAAGAGAAAGAGUGUGUGUGUGGCUGAGAAAAACAACAAUCAAAGUGAGAGCUGGUGACUCAGGUUUAUGAUUGCCUUGCUGAUGCUGUGUUCUAUGUAAAAUGGGGAAAAGAGAGGAGUGCUCAAAUUUCCUUGUUUUGUUCUUGGAUGCUUUUGACAAACUCUUUUUCAUAUGAAUCUAUAUUUAUUUUGUUUGUGCA